CUAAGCGGUAAGACAAAAAAGCGAAGACUUUCUGAUGAUGAGUUAAAGGCGCUGCAUCAUUACCUUAUGCUAAAUAGUGUCGAGAUUGAACCAUUCAUUGAGAAAUAUGUCGAUUCAGUACGUGACUCAAAUCCUGACAUUACUGAUGAGGCUUUACUUCUGCAAAUGGAAGAAAGUUUUGCAUCAUGGUUUGAAAAACAUGCUUGUGAAAUUGUUGAUACACCGCAAGUUAUUCGUGAUGUAUCAAGGGGACCUCUACCCGUCGUCAGCACAUACCCAAUUUGUUAUGUCAAUGGUUAUCGCUUUCACACUGAGACUCAUGGUGCCAAACGUGCCACGUUUAACAGCGGUGUGUCUAUUGUUGGAGAGCAUUGUUCUUACUAUGGUCAUGUAGAAGAAAUUAUCGAGGUUGAGUAUCCUGCUUUACCAAUAAAGCGUUGUGUUGUAUUCAAAUGCAAGUGGUAUGAUCCACGACCCAGAGUUGGAACUAGAGUGCACGACAAAUAUGACUUGGUUGAGGUUUUAAAAAGUGGGAUAUUCCGCAAAUAUGAACCAUUCAUCCUUGCAACACAAGCUAAGCAAGUGGCCUACGUAGAGUAUUCUGGAGUAGCUAGUAGGGCAAAAAGAGAAUGGUUAGCUGUUUGUGAUGUAAAACCACGUGGCUGGGUUGAAACCACAUCUGAUACACAAAAGCUCAAGAGUACUGACGAUUUUGCGUACCAAGAAGAUGCAAGAGUGGCAGUCGAAAUUGUUGAAGUUGAACCGCACGAGGAAGCUCCACUACUUGCAGAAGUUCCACAGUUAAUUGAUCUUGAUGAUAGUGAGGACGAAGAAAGUGAUGAUACUUUAAUACAAAAGAUGGCUGGUGGAGAUAAGGGUAAGGGUCACGCAGAGCAAACAAGGUCCAAUACAGGGAAGUGGAAAGAACUUUCUAGGUUGCGACAUGCCAUCCUUGGUGGUGGUAGAUCAAGCGGCACAUCGGCCAGCGCAUCUGCGAGUGCAGCAGGCAGCGCAUCUGCGAGUGCCUCAGCUAGCGCAUCAGCCAGCGCCUCAGGCAGCGCAUCAGCGAGGGCAUCAGCGAGGGCAUCAGAUAAUUCGGCUGUUAGAGUUCCUACUGGGCCCCAUGGGACAAAUGUCACUAGCACCUCUUCCAGAGGGUUUACACGUUCUACUGAUGAGUCCAGGAUGCACGAUGAUGAGAGCAUGGACUCAGACGAGUCGAUAGAGCACGAGCAUGACGAUGCUAUGGACCUUGGACCGAGCGUAGCAUAUUUUGACCGAGCACGGAUCAUUUGUUCCACAUUCCAGCAGAGGCUUGAUCCAACAGGGGGUAGUUGGAAGAGCCUAAGCGACGCGACUGUGGACUUUUACUGGAGAGAGUUUCAGAAACAUGCCACUUGGGACCCUCGCAUUGAUGAUAGCGUUAUGUUCCGUGCUUGGCGAUCGAAGGCUAGAAGGCGAUACACCGAUUGGCUCUCAUCAAUUAAGAAUGAGAAGAAAGGAACAGAGAAGGUGCAACCACUUAUACCGCAAUCGUGGAAGGAGUAUUGGAAGUCACCAAAGUUCUUGGCAUCCUCCAAGCAAAACAAGAAAAAUCGGCGUGGCGGUGACGAGAAUGCCCCUGCUAGCGCCACGCACACCGGUGGUCCAUUGUCUUUUCGCGAGUCUCAAGCACGCCUUCAAAACUACGUAGCCAUGCAAGAGGCAGUUCGUGAAGAAGGCUUAAAUGUGACACCUGACGAGAUUUUUCUAUCUACAGUUGGAGGACAUGAUGCCAAGAAUCGUGUUCAUGGUGUUGGAGAUCUCGCACGGAGCCUACCACGAAUGCAUGCAAGUCAGGCCAGACGGGCUAGCACCAGUUCUAUGUGGGACCCUCGAGAUGAUGAGAUUCGGAGGUUGAGAGAAGAGCUAGAUGACAUUCGAGCUUCCCAAGCGCGUGAAUUAUUAUCGAUUAGAGAAGAGAUGACCCGACUUUAUGGAGGAGUUUUCCCACGAGGAAAUGGAGAUGGCGGUGGAGAUGGAGGAGGGGCGGGAUUUACAGGGGCUUGUUGAGUUUUUAAUUAGAAUUGAAGAACAAUAUAUUAAACUUAAGUUUUAUGAAUAUGUAAGUGAGUUAAAUUUGAUAGUUAUGUUGAAUUUUUAUAAAUAUUAUUUGAAUUUUACUUGUUUAUUGGUGAUUUGAAUAUUCUUGGUUGUUUGGUAAUCCUUAUUUCCAGUAAUUGUUGUUGUUUGAUGCUGGGAUUUCUGAGUUUUGCUAUGGAGGGGUGCGAAAUUNUUAAUUAGAAUUGAAGAACAAUAUAUUAAACUUAAGUUU